ACAGAGGUGAGAAACUAUAAUAUAAGGCACAUCAAGCAGGCUCUGCGCAUAGACGCUUGCGGCUUGGGCCAACGAGGACUCGUCGCGCGCAAAACCGCUCGCGAGCUGUAAUCAUCUACGAUAUCGGUCAUAUUUUCAUCCACAUCACUCAAGCGACGACUGUCACAGUGUUCAGGAUGCUCGCAUCGCUAUCUCGGCAAGCUGGGGCCCUGGUCCGCCACAGCGCGCUGCAGGUUGAGUCUGCGACGGCUGCUCACGGAUCAAUUAGUGCCUGCAUCACCCAGCCUCUGCCAACCGGCUCGGGACUGCUAUGCUGCGGCAGCUCGCAGUCAUGUGCCCCUAGCUAUAGCACCGCGGCAGUACACUGGCAGGAGGGGGCCUGCCGCAGCAGCGACGGUGGUGACGGCAACACCAACAGCUCCAGCGGCUGCACCAGCACCUCAGGGCACUGGGCUGCUAGGUCAGCCUCCACAACCCACCGUUGGCGGAGAGCGCUCGGAUGCAGCGCCGAAAGCAAGGUCGUCGAUUGGACACGUGAAGAAGACCAGCCGGGCUCAGGGGCGUCGAUAGCGGUGCUGGUCGCGCCCUUCACCAGCCUUGCACUGAGGAUGGGUCUGGGCAGCCGCGGCGGCAUCCUGGCCGCGCGGCGGCUGCGCGGCGAGCCGGAGCCGUUUGAGGACGAGCAGGAUGACGACGAGUACGAGGACGGCGAGUACGUGGAUCUUGAUGAUGAGGAGCUGUUGGGAGAUCUGGACGAGCUUGACGAGAUGGAGAUCGACGGCGAGUGGGACGAGGGCGAGUGGGAGGAGGACCGCCAGGCGGAGGAGGAGCUGGGAGAGGGCGAGGAGCGGCCGGGGGCGGGUGCGGGGGCGGGCGAGGGGCGGAAAGGCGGCGUGGCGCCGCCGCUGCCGCCUUCGCCGCGGCCAGGGCGGGACUGGCGGUCGUGAAGGUGAGGAGAGCGGCAAGUGUGAAGGGGGCUUCACAGCCUUCACUUGAUGGAGCGCAAGGCAGGUGGACAUUGUGCACGCAUGCAAAACUUGGCAGGCCUGUACCCAUAUCUUCCAUCUACGCAGUAGGAAAACAUUCUGGGAGCUUCGAAGCGUCGACGUUUUGGCGAAUUUUGAAGGAAUUGAGACGUCUUGGGAGGCUAGGGGCGUAGAUGGUGCUGUAGGGUUCAUCUGCAGAGUACUCUGCGUACACGGCACGGGCCACAGGGCAUCGACAAGAUACACGGCACGGGCCACAGGGCAUCGACAAGAUACAUGGCACGGGCCACAGGGCACGGGCCACAGGGCACAUGCAUCGGCAAGAUACACGGCACGGGCCACAGGGCAUCGACAAAGAGCUAGCUGCACGUGGGCGGGAUUCGCCUUUGCUGCGGAAGGUCGGUGCUGACUGCUGAGGGUACAGCUCGAUCGUUUGAGGCUUCUUUAGUGACGUUGGCGAGGCCCUUGCGGUAUGAAAGCCUGUUGCCGCGAAGGUCACGGUCAGAGGUGU